GCUCACCUGGUAAAGAUAUCAAAGCCAUUGGCAUAUAUUGCUGUUUGCAUGCGCCAAAUAGAGAGAUUUAUCAAGUUCAUUUAUUUACUUUUCAUCAAAAUAGCUGUUCAUCAUGGCCACAAAAGUAUCAAACAACAAUGGCACUGUUGAUUUGACAGAAUCCAUGUCAGACAGUGGAGUUGGGGUUGCAUCUAACUUUCAAGAGUCUUCAACAGAUUUUAUAACCUUGGAUGACUCCGAGCAGUUCACUCUUUCCACCAAUAUUUCAAGUCAGCCAGCAUGUGAUGGCGACAGCCAGGAUGAUGGGCCUGAGGAGGUCCUGGUGGUCCCCAAGUACACAACGGUUUUCACGGACUUCCUAACAGUACCAGAGUUCAGUAUGGAGACGGGCAAGCUUGUUAACGAUGCUCGUCCUAAACGCACCUGCUUCAACUGCUUGGGAGACCAUAACGUGACUGAGUGCAAAGACCCACUCAACCAAAGUAAAAUAGCGCAAAACAGACGAGCUCAUAUGAGCAGGCGGCAAGGCAGCUCAGUUCGUUACCACGAGCUGGCCAGCAACAAGUUUGGCCACUUCACCCCGGGCGUGAUGUCCCCAGAGCUUCGGUAUGCCCUGGGCUGUCGACCUGAUCAACUGUCUGAAGUCUUCUACAGGAUGCGUCUGAUCGGCUACCCUCCUGGGUGGCUGCUGGAAGCCAGGGAGCAGCAAGGGGAAGUCGCUCUCUAUGGCAGUGAUGGCAGAGCUGUGACGAUGCUGGAUGGAGAGGACGGUGAGGUCACGGGUACCGCCAAGUACCGUCCUGAGAAGCUCAUCGAGUUCCCUGGGUUUAAUGCUCCUCUACCUGAACAAUUCUAUGAGGAGGGCCACGUGUACAACUUGCCACCCAUUCAGUCACAACACUGCGUGCACCGCUGGCGUGAGAUCAUGAACAAGAACAAAGUUACGCCCUACAGGAAACGUCGGAUGCGCCCCAUGGACGCCGACAACACUGCCGACCUAGAGACCGCAUUAGAGAUCUCUGCCGGGAACAGCGACUCGCCUGGAGGUUCAAAUGGACAGCCGCCGUCAGCAAGCCCUGCCACACGACCUGGCAAGCGCCGUUUGGACGAGUCGCCGGAGGAAGGGGAAGUGUCUUCUGACGAAGAGAAAAAUUCAAGCCAAAGCAAGAAGCUCAAAUUAUCUGACGAUGUAGCCGCUGCUGGCAGCUCGCUAUUUACUAUAGACUUGGAGCCAUCACCUCUGGAGGAGAGUGUCACGAGUCCCGCAACUGACAUCACCGCAGGAAACGAAAGCACCGCCACUGUAAACGAAAGCGGCUUCUCUACCGUGAAAAGUGACUUCUGCGUUGUAGAUGAGUUGCAAACUACAGCAGAAGGAGCUGAGGAAGAUGACUUCACUGAUCCUGGUCCUCCCGACUCGUCCUCGACGCCUGCUGCUGUUGGAAGGCGUGCGAGACGGCACGUCAAGGCGGCAUCCAAGGGCUUCGUAAUGGGCGCUGUGCUCCCUAAGUCCAUCACUCCCUUCACUUCACUGCCACACCCGGACAAGUGGACGGUCGAUGUUACGGACCACAUCCUAUUUGAAAAUUUGCCGGACUCGACCGGCGCCUGGCAGAACAUGAAAUCUCUCAUGCAAAAAGUCAAGAGUAAAGUUAGUGAAAUACAUGCCGAGAACGAUUGAUUUUCAAUAUAGUUUGAAAAGUGUACAAAUUGCACAGCAUUUUAAAGUAUUUUUAAUAGGAAGAAGUUUUAGAGUAAGUUAUUCUAUUAUUAUGACUGUUGGUUUGUGUCCACUCAGGUGGUUUAGCAUUCCUAUUUUUUUACCGUUAUUGCUGGUCGGUGUUACGUUGCAACUAUCUUCAAACCGAUAAUCUCCUUCGCGUGUUUGCCUAAGUCCGCAAUUUAGCUCCAUGGGCACCUAAAGCACACGAAACUGUUAUCUUGGUAUCAUUUUUAUUUGACCGACACUUAGGAUUGUUUUUCCUUCUACACGUUUAUCCGCAUCCUCUUGAAUAUUCUGCUAUAUGCGAUGUGGAACAUUUGCGUUCGAGUACUAGUGAGUAGCAAGAAAUUUCAUGGAGGUGAUCAUAUGACUGUCCAGAAUUGGCUGCAAUGCUGAGCAAGACACGUGCAGAGUAUUUGAGGUCGCUCUACUGGUUUUUGGAAUUCUAAUCUUGGUAAUUGAGUUCAUUGUUGAAAUUUUAUUUUCUUGUAGUAGUUGUGCGCAGUGUCGAUCGCUUGUGGAAAUUAUCGAAUUUUUCGCUGCUUAAUUAUUAAAAGCUUUUGUUCAACACUUAAAACUCACGAUGACGAAAUUUUAGAUCAUGAAUUGAUCAAUAAUUAAUGUUGAUAUUAAAUUAUGAAAUAUUAAUAAGCUAAAAAUCACAUUGAAAUUGACCACUUUAUCUCUUGUUUGGAAUCGUGGUAAAAUUUCGCGGUGUCUCAUACCUUACUUUGUUAGGUGAAUAAGUUAUUAUUUCAUUACUUAUCUACCUAAUUCCUCUUAGACAAAGGAUGUGGGCUUGAGCAGCUCUCGUUUGUUAUCUCUAACGAGUUGCGUUAUUUAGAGCAAAUCUUGCAGCGCUAAUUGAAACGUUCACCAGACGCACCAGACAGUCCCCAAUCCUGGUUGGGAGCGGCUACACAGAUAGAAUUUCAUUCGAUUAUGCGUUGGUUAUUAAACACUAUCAAGCAAUGUGCGUAAUGGAAUUACAGAAAGGCUUCUGUUACUGCGUUUUUUACUCUUUCAAUAAGGAUGUAUUAUUUGUAUUAUACAUACUUGGAACUUUUU